AUGUACAGCCGACCCAGUCAUCAAGAAGCUCCUCUCUACUUGCAUCAUAACAAGGUCGACGGCCAGGACGCCGUGACCAAGGAGAAGACAGAGCUCAACUGCAGUGUUCUAGAUGCCUGCCCCGAUAUCACUGAGCCCGACAUACUGGAUCUGGAAGCUCUCCUCCUCUACUUCCCCUCGCCCAAAACAGUCACUGGCGAAGAUGUCCUUGAACUCCACGUCCAUGGCGGCCCGGCAACAGUGCGAGCCGUCCUGUCUGCCAUACCGAAAUGCCGAACCAGCACGCGCAUCCGCUACGCUGAGCCAGGCGAGUUCACCAAACGUGCCUUUCUAAACGACCGCCUUGAUCUAGCGCAAAUCGAAUCCUUGGGCGACACUUUGGACGCUGAGACGGAGCAGCAGCGUCGCGCAGCAGUGCGAGGCAACUCUGGCGCGCUGGGGCGAACCUAUGAAGACUGGCGGCACCAAUUACUUCAGGCCCGCGGGGAAAUCGAGGCUCUCAUCGACUUCUCAGAGGACCAGCAUUUCGACGAACCGCAGUCCGAGCUGCUGGGCAACGUAGCGAGACAGGCAGCCAAGAUUGUGCACUCCAUCGACCUCCAUGAGCUAGGCAGCCAGCGAAGUGAGCUGCUGCGCAGUGGAGUUCGAAUCGCAUUGGUAGGGCCCCCGAAUACUGGAAAGAGCUCCUUGAUGAACAUCAUUGUUGGUCGCGAAGCGUCCAUUGUGUCAGGUGAGGCUGGCACUACGCGAGAUAUCAUAGAAGCCAGUCUCGACAUGCGGGGGUUCCUGUGCUCUUUCGCUGACACCGCUGGGUUCCGGUCCAAGGGUGAGACUAGCAAUGAGGCUAUUGGCGCCGUGGAGGAGGAGGGCGUUCGACGAGCGAGGAAAAAGGCACAAGAUUCAGACGUCGUCGUUGUCCUGGCAUCUGUGGAAUCAGGGCCGUCUGGACCGUUCAUCCAUUUCGACAAGGAGACGUUGGCCCUCGCGGCUGGAGCACAAUCAUCUCUCGUCAUUGUCAACAAGAAAGACGCAGUCGACGGAGAUACGCUCUCCGGCCUGCUCAAACAGUUCCGUCGACUAAUUCACGACAAGUAUGCUUCUCUGCCACGGGAACCAAUCUGCAUAUCCUGCAAAGAAGACAACUCCAGGAUCAAGGAUAGCGGCAUCCAAAACGUCGUCGACGCACUGGUGUCCUUGUUUUCCCAAUUGACAGACAUGCCGCCCGACAUGCGGGAUCUGCUAGGUGUUACUGAACGACAGCGCCAGUUACUCACCAAAUGUAGGGGCCAUUUAGAAGAUUUCAUGGAUGAAGCGUCACCGCAUGAGGAUGGGCACGAUUCAGACAUUGUCCUCGCAGCCGAGUAUCUGCGCUACGCUGCCGACUGUCUAGCUAGAAUCACCGGCAAAGGCGAGGCAGGAGACGUAGAGGACGUAUUGGGCGUGGUUUUCGAAAAGCAUGUGCCCCUAUCUUUCACGUGGACGUUGCCGAUGGCUAACAAAUCCAGGUUCUGCGUGGGUAAAUAA